GUUUUCGCUUUUCAUGCGUGACUCGCUCCUUUCGCCCGCUUCCCCACGACGCUUCCCGACUCGCGUCUCGCUUUUGAGGGUGGGGGGGUUGUCGAGAUCCCCCAGCCUUCCAGGUUCGGUGGCCGGGCGGUGCAGAAGCAGCAGCAGCAGCAGUUGAAGCAAGCAUGGCCACUUUGGAAGUGACUCCGGAGUGCGAAGCGCAGGUGAAUGCCUUCAAAGCCAAACUCUGCACCCAGGCGGAAGAUCUUGUCGCCAAGCGUUUCCCGGAGAAAAUCGUGGAGCUGAGUAAUUUUCUGAAGGACCCCGAGCUGAACGUUUCGGACCUGAUUUCGCUCCGUGCCGAGCUAGACAUUCCCGUGCCUGAUCCGAAGAAAGAUGAGGAGCGCCGCAAGCAGCGAGAAAAAGAAGAUAAGGAUUCUGGAAAAGAAGAGAAGGAUAAGAAAAAGAAAGCAGAUGAUGACGAUAAAGCCCCUCCGUGUGGUCCCGUCUGCCACAACGAGAAGAUUACGGCCCUCCUGGACCGCGUGAAACCCGAGAUCCAGGGCGCCAAGGAGAAACUCAACAUGAUCUCUCUGUGGCUACAACUCUUAGUCCCACGGAUCGAGGACGGCAAUAAUUUUGGAGUAGCAGUCCAGGAAAAAGUGUAUGAACUGUUGACUUCAGCUCGAACAAAGCUGGAAGGCUUUCAGACGCACAUCGCCAAGUAUUAUUCUGAAAGAGGCGACGCAGUGUCGAAAGCAGCGAAAAGCCCACACGUGGGGGACUACCGCCAGCUGGUGCAUGAGAUCGACGAGGCUGAAUAUGCUGAAAUCCGAUUCAUGGUCAACGAAAUUAGAAACAUUUACGCUGUAGUUUACGACAUUUUCCUGAAGAACUUUGAAAAGAUUAAGAAGCCCCGUGAUGAAAACAAAGGAAUGAUCUACUAAGCCCCACACGUCAGGGAAUAAGGGGGAGGAAAGAGGCCCACUUUUUUUGGCCCACAACCUGAAACUGCCUGCCCUCACUUCGCCUUCAUUCUGCCCAAUUUAUUUGAAAUAAAAGAGAUUUUAACAUA